AUGUCUGACUUGAAAUUGGCCAUCCCUCCCAUUCCUAAACAACCACAAUUGGUUCCUGUGUUGACAUUUAAUCUCAGAUUAGCUUCGGAUCCUGUGCCCAUAUUCACCAACUCCCAGAUUGACAAGACUUUGAAUUUGGCAACAAUUACAAAUGGUGAGAUUACAGCAGUUGAAAACGAUUUUGGGUUCAAGUUGGAAAUUAACCAAAUUUACGGGACUGAUGAUUUGAACAUCAAAAACUCAGUCAGUACAUCGUACUUGGAUUGCAAAUUGUAUGGAAAGACACCGAAUGGAUCUGGUGUGUUUAUCUACUAUGGCGGUAGGGUUCAACUAGACGACGCCUCGGUUGGAGUGCUCUCUGGUAAAACAAAGGAAGCAUCGGUCGAUGAUAGUUAUGUUACCUGUAACCCGGUUUUCACCUUUGACGAUUCAGUCGAAGAAGAAUACAAGUGGGUUUUGAAAGAAAAUUUGAUUGGUAAAGGAAGAUUCGGUAGAGACGAUGAUGGGAACCUCUAUGUUCAAUACUACAUCUACGUUCUCCGUUAG